UACAUACUCCUACCUACCUGAAGCCAACCAGUCCAAACAACCAUACCUCUCAUUCAAGAAAUUUAGCAAUUUUAAACAAUACAUAUCCCUGCAUAUAUAGAAACUCCUACCUAACGCUGCAUUACGCGCCACCGCAGUCGCAACUGCAAGCGCAACCAUGACACAACACCGCUUCCUUCUCGUAACAUGGCCUGCUCAAGGCCACAUCAAUCCAUCCUUGCAAUUCGCCAAGCGUCUCAUGAGCACAACUGGCGCCGACGUGACGUUCGUUACGGCCCUAUCUGCUCUCCGCCGCAUAAGCAAUCGUUCUGGAACUCCUCGUGGUCUGACCUUUGCUCCCUUCUCUGAUGGAUAUGACGAUGGGUUUAAGCCUGGGGAUGACAUAGACCACUACGUGUCUGAGUUAAGGCACCGUGGCUCACGGGCAGUUGCGGACAUGGUGGUGUCUAGUGCAAACGAGGGCCGCCCUUACACUUGUAUAGUGUACGCCAUAAUGAUCCCUUGGGUGGCGGAAGUAGCGAGUGAACUUCACCUUCCGGCAGUGUUCGUUUGGAUUCAGCCCGCCACAGUGUUCGACAUAUACUACUAUUACUUCAACGGCCACAAAGAUCUCAUCAGAAACAAUCAUAUGGUUAAUAAUACUGACGCAACCCAGGCAGUAGAAUUACCAGGACUGCCGCUAACGCUGAAGAGCAGUGACCUUCCCUCCUUCAUGGUGGAUUCCAAUCCGUACAAUUUUGCUUUGCUAUUGAUCGAGGAACAGUUCGAGCUGCUUGAGAAAGAAAUCAAGCCAACCAUUCUGGUGAAUACGUUCGAUUCACUUGAGCUGGAUGCAUUAAAAGCAAUAGACAAGUACAACUUGAUCGGAAUCGGUCCUCUAAUGCCAUCCGCUUUCUUGGACGGCAAGGAUCCAUCUGAUAAAUCAUUCGGAGGCGAUAUGUUGGAGACAUCAAAGGAGUCAGAGUACUUAGAAUGGCUUAAUUCAAAGCCGAAUGAGUCAGUCGUCUACGUCUCGUUUGGGAGCUAUUCCGUGCUCUCCAAAAUACAAAUGGAGGAAAUUGCAAAAGGGUUGCUGAAAUCCGGACGUCCGUUUCUGUGGGUAAUUAGAGAAAACCAAAAGAACGGAGAAGGCAAGGAAGAGAAAGAAGAAGACAUACUGAGUUGCAGAGUGGAACUAGAAGAGCUUGGAAUGAUAGUCCCAUGGUGUAGCCAAGUAGAGGUUUUGUCAAAUCCUUCUCUGGGUUGUUUUGUGUCACAUUGUGGCUGGAAUUCAACUUUGGAGAGUUUGGUUUCUGGUGUGCCAGUGGUUGCAUUUCCUCAGUGGUCAGAUCAAGGUACAAAUGCCAGGUUAGUAGAAGACAUGUGGAAAACAGGGGUGAGGGUUGCACCGAAUGAAGAAGGUGUUGUUGUGGGUGAAGAGAUUAAGAGGUGUCUGGAUAUGGUAAUGGAAAGCGAAGAGAUGAGGAAGAACGCUAAGAACUGGAAGGAUCAGGCAAGAGAGGCUGUCAGUGAAGGUGGGUCUUCAGACAUGAAUUUGAAGGUCUUUUUGGAUCGGAUUGGAGAUGGUUGUUUUCUAGCAUAGACAGAUUAAGGCACGUUGUCGAUUAAAAAGUUAAACCUAACUAGAGGACCGGUUAGUACGUUAGUUUACUUGUUUUAUUUCCCUCUAUUUUUUUCUACCAACUUCAUCUUCUAGAUUAGAGUCAAAUGCAGUCGUGUUAUACAAUAAUGUAAAAGUGGUAAUUUUUUAAUUAAGUAGCUUGUUUUGAUUAA